UAAAUUUGACAAUAGAUCACAAUCUCCCUCAUCCCCAGUAAACCCGGUGAAUGACUGAAAACACGGGAGACAUUUGAAUAAAAUAAUUAUGUUAACCACCGGUAUUGUAGUUCUCUAUUAUUUAGUAACCGGGACGUAACAACACCAACUGGCCGAUUACACCAACUGGCUCCAACAAAUUUGUGAGAGCCACUUUGUGUACACCCAACAUGCACCUGUGCGAUACUGAGCCCAGACGAAUACGCAGCUCCAGUGAGGGACUGCACCAUUCGACCAGCCGAACAUACACACCCGAAAUGUGCAGUCGGUGCAGACCAGCCGAAAUCGCUAUAAGUAGUUAAGCAAUUGACACCUUGCAGCUAUGUUACCGUUUAAACAUACAGAAAUGUCCAUUAUAUACUUAACGUUACAUAUAGGUUUCCUGCAUUCCACGGCAGAUGUCCCAAUCAGUAGUAAUUCAUCAAAACUAAAUUCAUCGCUUUCAGGGAUCACCUAAAAGCGGGCCGGAAAAAAGCAGGCCGGAGUUUAGCGUUUUUUCUUAGUUUGUAUAGGUGUGCGCAGUGUUUCAUAUACUUGGGUUUUUACCCAAGGGUUCCCUUCUGUUAUUUUCUUUGGACUUUACCGCUUUCAUUUUUGUGUGUAAGGAAAUUUUUAAAUCUAAAACAAGGUAACAAUAGAUAACCUCAAUACUCAAGGCGGGAGAGACCCCUCUCUCCCGCCUGCAUUUCUUAAAAUGUCUAACAACGCAAUCGAUAAGAAGAAAAAUGAAGCUGAUGAUUUGCAAAAUAUAUCACAAGAUCAGAUAAUGGAUAUUAUAUUGGAUAGAACUCAUCUAAAAAGACAAUAUUCAAGUACAUCCGACGAUUCAUCGGGGCUUACGGAUCAAACAAAGGAAAAACAGACGCCAUCGUCAAAAACGGAUUCCAAAAAAGCAAAAUCGAAGAAAAUACUAAAUAUUGAUCCUCCUCAAGAAGAACUCCUUCCAAAGGCAGUCAAAUCUUUAUCUUCAACAUCUAAUAUUUCGCUCAAUCAGAAAAGAAAUCUUCAAAAUAAAAUCUCUGAAUCAGAGGAUAACACAGUUACAAAUAAUUUAUGGUACGACCGUCAUAACAAAGGUCCAUAUAUUGUAUUUGUUAGAAAAAUAUCUGAACAAAAGAAAAGAUCUACUUCUAUUAUUGAAGCUGCCAGACUUCUGUCUAAGGCAAACAUCAAGUUUGAAGAAAUUGACCACCACGCCUGGAACACAUGGAAGAUUUCUUUUAAGUCUUUUCAUGAUGCUAACUCAUCAAUUAAAAAUAAAUACAUUGCGGAACUGGGACUAUCAUUAUACAUUCCUAAAUAUAAGUUAUGCAGAAAAGGUGUAAUCAAAGGCAUCCCAAAUGAUAUUUCACUAGACAAACUACAAGCUACAUUAGAAAAAGAUAACCCGCUGAUCAAAAUUAAUUUUUUAUUCAGACUAAAAAGAAGAGACCCCAAUACCAAAAAAUGGAUCGAUUCUCAAUCAGUCUGCGUAGAAUUCAAGAGUCAAGAUCUUCCAAAAAGCCUAAAAAUUUGGAAAGUUAAUCUUUUUGUUCAACCAUACAUGACUCCAGUAAGAAGAUGCUACAAAUGCGGUAAACUAGGACACACCAGCAAGGGAUGUGAACAAUCUCACAACAUAUGCCUGAAUUGUGGAACAACGCACCUCUUAUCGGCAGAUAUCCAUUGUAAGGAAACCCCCAAAUGUAUCAACUGCAGCGGUCCACACCAUGCUCUAGAUAGGAAAUGUCCAAAAUUCAUUCUGAAUUCUGAAAUUAACAAAAAAAUGGCUUUCGAUAAUAUAUCUUACCUGGAAGCAAGACGCUCGUUAUUGUCUCAAAAUAAUCCAAAUGAAACCCAUCUUAUCAAAGAUUUAGUGAACUUCCCAAAUCUUUCAUCAAGGUUGGACGUUCCGAAUGUGCCAUCCUUUGCAGAUCUCUUUAAGAAGAAUCCUCCGACAUCCUGGAAAGCUGGUCUUUCUUACAAAAUCAAGGACCUUCUGUUGCGGGUUACUAACUCUCCGGAUGCAGAACUUAUCCUCGACGAGAUAUUACAGUUGCUUAAUGUUCGUAAUAAUCCCCAACAGACUUGGUUGAAGCCCAACGAUCAAUUUUCCUUUAAAGGUUUUGAUAUUAUCCGAAAAGAUCGCUUGCACGGUAGGGGAGGAGGAGUACUAAUUUUGGUAAAGUCGAAUCUAAAAUACAGCAUUUUGAAUAAUAUUCCGGACUGUCAGGGAAAUCUUGAGGUGUGCGGAAUAGAACUUUUCCUAAAACAGGGCAAGAUGUCUAUCAUUUCAUUAUACAGACCCCCAUCCAGCUCUAGAAUAAAUUCUCGUAGCUGGCGUAAUUUCUUUGCAAACUUCCGAGAUAAGGUCUUGGUAGGUGGAGAUUUUAACCUACCUUAUGAUCAAAUUAUUCCCCUAGAGGAAGGCAUCAUAGACCUAGAUAUUACUUUAUUAAAUGAUGAAACCCCAACGUUCUGGGAUUUAGAGAGGAAUCACGCGUCGAAAUUGGACUUAUCUCUAAUUAGUUCCUCAAUCGUAUUAGAAACAUCUUGGUUAAUUAAUCAAGACCCUUGGGGGAGUGAUCACUUCCCUAUCUUCAUUAAUAUAAAUAUCUCUGCAUCGCUCAAAUCUACAAUCAAAACACCAUCAAAACUUUACUCCCCUAAGACAGACUGGCCAACCUUCACUGAAAAUAUGAAGAGUGAUAUUAAUAAUUUCCUACCAGAUCUUCUAACAAUUCAAGAUAUUCAAGGGUUAUAUACAUCAUUCACCUCAAUUAUUAUCAAAAAUAUUACUAAAGCUUCCUCUCGUAAAUAUCCUCCUUCACAAAAGAACAGUUGUAAAGAUUAUACUCAUUCUCCUUAUUACAAAUACCAGUCUAAAAUGACAAUUAAUCACUCAUCGAACAAUAAUCUUUCUAGUCCAAAAUCUCCAAAGAUAACUAAUAAACAUAAAAUUCCAUGUCCUUGGUGGAACGAAGCAUGUGAUGCUCUUAUCCUAGAACGCAGAAAAGCUCUUGAAAGAUUUAAAACACAAAGAACAAGAACUAAUUUUCUUCUAUAUAAAAAAGAAUCAGCAAAAAUAAGAAUUGGUCUCAGGAACAUUAAAAAAGAAAAUUUUAAAUCCUUUUGUGAAAAUUUAAGUAAAAACUCUGACCCCACAUAUGUUUGGAGAAAAGGUAGGGCGUUUAAAAAUAAAAUCACACAAUCUGAGGCGAAAAACUGUUACAAUAAACAGGCAAUAGAUACUGUUUCCAACUUAAUAACCUCCCUUUUUCCUCCAGGAACCCCUUCUCCCCCUGUUUCUCUUCCAUAUAAAGAUUAUAAUGUUUCAUUGGAUAAUUCUUUCUCACUUACGGAACUAAAUUACGUUCUUGAUCAUUUGAACACAAGAUCUAGUCCAGGAUUAGAUAGUAUUAUAAAAUAAUUUCUGAACUUCCCCCUAAUGCGAAGGACCUUCUACUAAUUAUAUAUAACAGAAUUUUCAUUUCUCAGUCCUUUCCUUCGGAAUGGUCGAAAUAUCUGGUGUUUUUUAUUCCUAAAUCUGGUGAAGGCCUUAAAUUUCGACCCAUUUCUUUAGCCUCUUGUCUUUGCAAAAUCCUGGAAAGAAUGAUAUCGAAUAGAUUAAAUUGGUAUCUGGAAUUUAAUAACCUUUUACCGAAUUCACAAUUUGGAUUCAGAAGAAGUAAAAGUUGUAUUGACAACCUUGCCUUUCUUCAAACUAACAUUCUCCUUUCUUUUCAAAAGAACGAGAAUGCCUUAGCCUCCUUCUUAGAUAUUAAAUCAGCUUACGAUAAUGUAAUCCCAAACAUCUUAAUUCAAAAACCUAUUAAACUGGGUAUUUCUCCGAACAUACUGGCCUUUAUCAAUAAUUCUAUUUACUUAAGACAAGUCCAUUGCAGAUAUGAAGAAAUUGAUGAAAUUAUUCUCGCAUAUAAAGGUCUCCCUCAGGGAAGCGUUUUAAGCCCUUUAUUAUAUAACAUUUAUGUUUCAGAAUUGGAAAAAAUUUGCGAUCCAAAUUGUAAACUUAUACAAUACGCGGAUGAUAUUGCUAUCUUCAGUUCUUCAUCCAACAUGGAAUUUUCUAGAUCAAUUCUUGAAAAAUCAGUCAACGACAUUGCGAUUGCACUUUA